UUUGUCUCGGUCUUGGCGGAUCUUAUUUCGGAAAUUCUUCUUCCCUCCGCUCCUCUCAAAAAAGCCUCUUGAUUAUCAAAUCUUGAUAUCUGCCGGCUUUCUCUUACUAAUCAGAUCUAUCUCAAUCAGAUCUUUGAUUUAUCUCUGGAAAGACCCUUGAUUCUAUUUCUUUUAGGGAAAAAAAGGUUUUUUAGUCCACGGACCUAAUCACCAGAAGUCGAGCCUCAGGUUUCGCUUCACCACUCUCUCUUUUUUUCAGAUCGCGCAGAUAGACAAUCCCAUUUUCCAAAAAAAACAGCGCAAAAGAAACAUUUCGAAAGAAACCCCAAAAAAAGUUGCCGUCCUUUCGUCCAUAAUAUCGCCGUCGCGCUUAUCUUGAGAAAACACUUCAGUGUGAUUUUUUCUUGAUUCGUUCACCAGUCGACUGCGUUGGUUUCGUUGCCUACACUAUCUCGUGAUUGUCAUUCCGAGAGGUUACGUGCGAAUACCUCGUAGGGGGAUACAUUGAGUUGUCCAUCUCCCAGUUCCAUCUUUAUUUUUUUGUCACAACUCGAGUAUUCCAUCAAGAUGGAUUCUCUCACAACCCACCCUUCCAAUGCGCAGCAGGCUCGUGCCUUCACUGCUACAUCGUCGCUGUCUUUCCCUGGUGGCGCUGGGGAUCUGACCCCUCCCAACUCUGAGAAGGAGGCCAUGGCACAGGGUGCACAGGGCGGAAACGGUAUGAAUGGCCAGCAGGCCGGAGGAAAUGCCAUGCAUGGCACCGGGGUGACUCCCGCUUCUCCUGCAACCCCCGCCGCGACCCCUGGCGCGACCACCGGAAGCAGUGGCAUUGUCCCUACCUUGCAGAACAUCGUUGCUACUGUCAACCUUGACUGUCGCCUUGAUCUCAAGACCAUCGCACUGCACGCACGCAACGCCGAGUACAACCCAAAGCGUUUUGCUGCCGUGAUCAUGCGUAUCCGUGAACCCAAAACUACCGCUCUCAUCUUUGCCUCUGGUAAGAUGGUCGUUACUGGUGCCAAGUCCGAGGAUGAUUCGAAGCUGGCUUCGCGCAAGUAUGCGCGUAUUAUCCAGAAGCUUGGUUUCAACGCCAAGUUUACCGAUUUCAAGAUCCAGAAUAUCGUCGGCUCUUGCGACAUCAAGUUCCCCAUCCGUCUGGAGGGGUUGGCCUCUCGUCACCACAAUUUCAGUUCCUACGAGCCUGAGUUGUUCCCUGGUUUGAUCUACCGCAUGAUGAAGCCCAAGAUCGUUCUCUUGAUCUUCGUUAGUGGCAAGAUUGUCCUGACUGGCGCUAAAGUCCGUGAGGAGAUCUACCAGGCUUUCGAGCUGAUCUACCCUGUGCUUUCUGAUUUCCGCAAGGUCUAAGAAAGCUCCAAGGAGAUCACUCUGCAUUUCAAACCUGUAUUAACAUUGCUUUUUCCCUUUAUGAGGACAGCCCGCUUUGGUCUGCACCUCCCUUUUCCUUCGGUUCUUUACGACUCUUUUCAUGCAAGCAUAGUUGGGCGUUUUUAGCGAUUCGGAUGAUCCCCGGUUUUCCUCACACUUUCGCGUUCUUCCACACAAUUAGAUUGCUGCACACCGCAGUGAGGCGGUUGUGCGCCGGUCGGUGACUGCCUCGAUUUAAUCAUUUAUCAUUCUAUGGUUUCAUCUGUGGAGGAUUGCUUCUAUUCCCACGGGCCAAAAAAAAUUAAUGGUGACCUAAGGCAGUCUGUUAGAUUCAGUUCCGUCCUUUUUUUCCC